UGUGUCUUCACAGGUUGCGGGUUCCAGACAGCUUAACCUCCCCCUUGGUAAUGACAUCCCAUCCCGUGAUUUUGGCUUUCCGGAGCAGCGUAAGGUGCUGGCGACACCGGGCUCUCCUCAGAGUGGCUUUGGAGGCCUCGGACAUCCGCUGCAGGCGCCUGUACUCUACACAUAUUCGCGGCGGGGUCUCGGGUAUGGAGGAGAUACUAGCGAGGGUCGUUGCACCUUUACCUUCCUACGAAACGAGAGACAAAUCCCCCCCUCCACCCGAAAUUAACAGCUUGGAGUUCAUGUACUUCUACAAAAGUCUUGAUAAGGAAGACAAACUUAAUUUCCUUACGAAGCUAUCGCAAGACUUCGGGGUGGACCACAAAAGUGUUUCGGAGCUCGCACUGAAGCUGCUGGACACUCAAAUACGGGACUUGGCGACCAUUUUGCUAGUUGAAGACAGACUCCGGUACAGCUUGACUCCCCGUUAUAAACAGCUGUUCAGUCAUAUAAGCAGAGUCGAAGCGGGAGUGAAGUUUCUGGUGGAUCUCCGAGCGGAUGUGCUCGAAAUAAUAUCAUCCAAAGCUAGCGAGAGCCCGCACAUCAGGGACCUGAAUGGUACGCUGAAGAGCUUGCUGUCUGAGUGGUUCUCUGUAGGCCUGCUGCGACUUGAGAGAAUCACCUGGCAGUCCCCCUGCGAGAUCCUGCAGAAGAUCAGCCAGUACGAGGCAGUGCACCCUGUAAGGAACUGGACUGACCUGAAGCGUAGAGUGGGACCAUACCGACGCUGUUAUGCCUUCACCCAUGCUGCCAUGCCAGGGGAGCCCCUGGUUGUACUUCACGUGGCCCUCACUGAAGACAUCUCUGAUAACAUACAGAGUAUUGUUCGUGAGUUUGCCACCCUGGACUCAGAGGAAGACGUGAAUAAGAUAAAUUCAGCCAUCUUCUACUCAAUCUCUUCAACACAAGCUGGCCUGCAAGGGGUGGAACUGGGCAACGUCCUCAUCAAGAGGGUGGUGCGAGAAUUGCAGAGUGAGUUUCCUCACUUGGCCCAGUUCUCCAGCCUGUCACCCAUUCCAGGCUUCUCUGCUUGGCUACAAGGUCUGCUCAGCCAGUACAGGAAGGAGGGCCGGGUCUUUGAUCUCCUCUCUGAGGAGGAGUGGAAGGAGAUAGAACAUGCCACUGAUUCAACCCCCGGGACCCCAACCGUUGACUCCCUUCGCAAGCUCAUCAGCACUAAUGAGUGGAUGCGUUCAGAGAGACUGUCCGGUGUCCUGGAACCUGUUCUGAUGCGACUCUGCGCCUGGUACCUGUACGGGGAGAAGCGGCGAGGCUAUGCUCUCAACCCAGUGGCUAACUUCCACCUGCAGAAUGGCGCUACGAUGUGGCGGCUCAACUGGCGUGCCGACACCAGCCCCAGGGGUGUGGCAAACUCCUGUGGCAUCAUGGUGAACUAUCGUUACUUCCUGAACGAGACCUCAAAAAACAGUGCUAUUUACCUUCAGAAUAAGGUCAUCACAGCGUCCGAGCAGGUGCUCGGGUUUGUGUCCCAAUUUCAGAAGGCCAGCAAACUGUGAUUAAGAGAUCGGGAUACACUCACUUAUUCUUUUGCUCAGCUGGUUAGAUUGCACCUGCCAUUAAUUAUAUAUUUGAGAGCUAUUACUUUAAAAUUUGUCCUUGAUGUUUGGCAUGCUUUACUAAAUAUCCAAAAAUCAGCAGCUUCAGAAGCACCACCGAGUGGAUGUUAGUUGAUAUUAUGUUUUGAAUUGAAAUUAGAACAUUUCUCACAUGACGUAACUCUCCCCAUCUGCUGUUUGCCUCAUUAGAUUUCUGGCCAAAGCUGUUUGAUACUGUGUAAGUGAUUCCCAGGACAGACUGCAGCUAAUGAAGCACGAGGCAUCUAUCAAUGCCAUAGCAUGUUCUUGGAUAACACUCUGUGUAAAGUACGAGCAAUGAGGGAGUGCAGCUACUAGAAUAAAUGAUGUUUGGAUUCUUUCAUUUGGAUGAACCGUCUCGUUGCAACUAUGUCAAAAGAAUGGGGGAGAAAUGGAUUUGGUCUUUUAUUCUUUCUGCAGUUGGGUUUAUCUACACCUGCUGCUUAUUCUCACUAAAGCUCUAAAGAUGUGAAAUCACAGACUGG